UCUCGCUGCUUUGCUCGUUUCGUUCGCGCUGUGAAUCUUCCUGGCUCGCUCGCGAAGCAAUCCUCUUUGGUCUAUUGCGGGAGCUCUAAAAUCGGCGGCUGCCAAUUUCGGGCACUCCAAUCUUGCACUCCCAAGUGCUCCAAUCGUCAGGUCAUCCCUUUCUCAGCGCUUCGAUCGAUCCAUUGCCAUUGGCUUCUCUUUUGAGUUCUUGGUAGAGUUCUUUGCUUCUUUCGCUCGUUCUUCCCGGAAGAAAGAAGAGAGGAUCCUCCUGUGUUUCUUUGUUCUUCGCGGUGGAUCCUUGUUCUUACAUGUAUCGUCUCGGCUUCGCGACACACCGCUGCAUUGGCAGCUCUAAUCGCAAGGGUUCCAAAGAUUCGUUGUCCUGUUCUUCCAGGGAUCAUGCCGGGAUUCGUUGUCACGACUACUAGCGGCGCUGCUACCUCGCCGCCGUCUAAAGCCUCCGCCGCCAAGAAGAAGCGGCAGUGCUUUUGGCUGGAAGCUCCUCUCGCUUCUUGUCACCAAUCGGGGCCCGAGGAGGCGAUCGAUGAUGAGAUCGAUCGACCCAAGAAAGUGCGCGUGAUCUGCGUCGACCCGGACGCUACCGAUUCCUCGAGCGACGAGGAAGAGAGUGGUGGCGCGAGGCGGCGAGGCGGCGGCGAUCGUCCUUGGUCUUGCGCGUUUGAUAGCGAGGAGGAAGAGGAGGACGAUCGGCUGAGCUACUCGAGCUACUUUAGCGCUCUCAAAGCGCGGGCUUUCCAGCAAGAUUUGCGCGGCAGCGCGGCGGCGGAGGAGGAGGAGGAGAAAGAGAUCUUGGCGGUGGUGGAAACCGACGAGGAUCGUAUGGAAUCGACCAAGAACAAGGAGGCUUCUUCUCUCACCUCUCAGCAAAUGCCCGGGAAGGGCAAUAGAGCUCCUGGUGUUGCUACCACGCUCGCGAAUCCCUCCGGAGGGACGGGAGCGAUCAAGAAGAGGAAGAUCAAGGAUGUGGGGUCGAAGCAGCAGCAGCAAAAGUAUCGCGGAGUGAGGCAACGGCCCUGGGGGAAAUGGGCUGCCGAGAUUCGAGAUCCUGUCAAGGGCGUCCGGCUAUGGCUCGGGACUUACGACACUGCCGAGGCCGCCGCCGAGGCCUACGAUCGAGCAGCGCGCAAGAUUCGCGGGCCCCAAGCACACACAAACUUCUCCACUUUUCUCAAUGCUCCUCCCGUUAGCGCCACCGCCGCCACACCACCGCCGCCUCCGCCGCCACAUUCGUGUGUCAUUCCCUCCUCGUCUUCCUCGUCUUGCUCGGCGCUGCCCAAGAAAUCCUCGCCACCAGCGGCGUUUGUGUGCGCCACCAACUUCCAGUCCGAGUCCGACGAGGCUGUUCUCGAUUGCGACGAUGAUCCAGCUCCGCUACCAGCGGCGGUGGUGGCGGAGGAGCGUGCUAGCGGCGGCGAUGAUCAGGAGGAGGAUCUAGAGAAGGCUGUGAAUCCUUGCGCGAGCAGCAGUAGUAGCAAUGGGAUCACUUGCAUCAUCAAUGCUGCGCAGGACCAGCACCACCACUCGAGUUCCAAGGAGGAGGAGGAUCUGGCGGUGGUCUCGAAUGACGAUGAGCGUUCUUCGAUCGGCCAGUGCCAAUCCAAGGCCAACUCCGUCAUUGCCAGAAAACCCAGGAUGAAGCUCAAGCCUCGAUCGAGCAAGCUUCCCAGCUCUUGGAGUUCCUCUCCAAAGAUCGUGGAGAAGGAGGACAAGGCCGUGGACAAGGAGGAGGACAAGGUGGAUUGGGCGGCGCUCUCGCCGGUUCGCAUUGGCGAGGAGCGCUGCCUGUCGAUGAUCCAGCAGCAAUCGCCAGCGUCGGUGCUGGUGCGCAGUCUCUCGUUCGAGGAGGAGUCGUGGGGGGAUUUCAUGGAUUUGAAUCGCCACGAACGCCAUCCUCGCGGCAUUGAGGAGGAGAGUAGCCUCUUCGGUAGCGGCGGAGGUGAUGGAGGAGCGUCAUCUCAGUUCGAUGAGAUUUUUAGCGGCGCCGCCACCAGCAGCAGCAGCGAUGGAUUGACGGUGGAUUCGUGGGUGAAGAGCGAGAGGGAGCUGCCAUCGCCACUGCCAGUGGCGGGCAUGGAUUUGGAGGAGUUUGGGCUGGGCUUGGACGAGGCUUCGUUUCUGGAUGGUUUGCUCGACGAUUCGGCUCCAUGGCUGGAGCUUGACCUUCCCGGGGAUGAUUUUCUCGUCAUUCCGACUGUUUGAUUCUUCGAGAGAGCGAUCCAUCCGCCAAGAGAAAGUUUUGAGUGGGAAGAAAAGUUGGGAAUGUUUGUCUUGAAAAAGUUUUGUUAGAGGUGGUAUACAUAUUAUCGCUAGUAUUAACUGAUUAAUCACUAUCAAUGGCCAUGAGAUUCGUGAAAAGCUCGAGCUCGACGAACGCUCUCGCAAGAACAUAGGGGCAGAUCUUUCUUGCACGACCUGCGGUCAUGCGAAUUAAAAAGAUUUCAAGCUC